GUGGGCUCCCCCUGCUGUGCCAGGGGUGCUGUGGUGGGAAUGAAGCACAGGGAUUGCCAACCCCCAAGCUUUGCAACCGGGAGGUGCUCGGGGCCUUCUGCCUUACAGGCAGAGAAGAGUGGGGAGAGGAAAUAGAGCUGGUUCCUUUAAGAGCGUUUUUCGCCGCCUGACAGCGCAGCCCGGGCAGCCAGUCCCACCGUCCCGACACACGGAGGCAGCGGGGACAGCGCCGGCGUUGGGGGGCACGGAUGGGCCCGGGGCACCAAUACGGGAGCGGAUAACGGCACGGAACCGGCCCCCCCCGCCCCUCGCCUGCGUCUCCACCGCCCGCCCCGGCCCAGCCCAGCCCAGCCCUACAGAGGGAUGGGGAGCGCAUCCCGGCUGGGGAUCCGCGGGGGCAGCGCUCAGCUCGGGGUGUGGCACUGAGCACCGGCCGCCACCCGCUCUCCUCCCCCCGCGGUCCCUCCGUGAGCACCGGGGGCUGCGGGCGCUCGGCCCCGCCGCGGGCAUCGCCCCUUUGUCCGCAGGGGGGGGGAGCGGCGGCGGCGCUGCGGCACAGCGCGGAGCGGCGGAGGCUGCGGGGAGCGGAGCCCGAGCUCGUACAGGGCCGGGGCUGGCUUUUUUCCAGCCCUGAAAGGGAUCUGUCUGCAUCGGGGCUGGGAAGAUCUCGGCGCAGCUCCUCGCGAGGCCAUCCUCCCCUUCCAGGGGAUUGUGUGUGUGCAUUGCAGCUGCGGCGAGGAGCUGCCUGCAGCCUGCAGCUCAGCAAAAUGUAGAGCGGCACGAUGGCAGAGAAAGGCAUGGAUCCCGCGUGCGUCUCCAUCGCCCUGGAGGACACGGUGUGCCACGCCAGCCCCCCGGACGCCCCGCUCCUCACCACCCACUUGAAGAAGGUGGAGAACCACAUCACGGAGGCCCAGAGGUUUUCCCACCUCCCGAAACGCUCGGCUGUCAACAUCGAGUUCAUUGACCUGUCCUACUCCGUGCGUGAGGGCUCCUGGUGGAGGAAGAGAGGCUACAAGACCCUCCUCAAAUGCCUGUCGGGGAAGUUCUGCCAGCGAGAGCUCAUCGGGAUCAUGGGGCCAUCGGGUGCCGGCAAGUCCACGCUGAUGAACAUCCUGGCUGGCUACAGGGAGACGGGCAUGAAGGGCCAGAUCCUGGUGAACGGGCGCCCGCGGGACCUGCGCACCUUUCGCAAGAUGUCCUGUUACAUCAUGCAGGACGACAUGCUGCUGCCGCACCUCACCGUGCUGGAGGCCAUGAUGGUCUCUGCUAACUUGAAGCUGAGUGAGAAGCUGGAGGUGAAGAAGGAGCUGGUCAAUGAGAUCCUGACGGCCCUGGGGCUGCUGGAGUGCUCCUAUACCCGCACCAUCUCGCUGUCGGGUGGGCAGCGCAAGCGCCUGGCCAUCGCCCUGGAGCUGGUGAACAAUCCUCCCGUCAUGUUCUUCGAUGAGCCCACCAGUGGUCUGGACAGUGCCUCCUGCUUCCAGGUGGUCUCCCUGAUGCGCUCCCUGGCUCAGGGCGGCCGCACCAUCAUCUGCACCAUCCACCAGCCCAGCGCCAAGCUCUUCGAGAUGUUCGACAAGCUUUACAUCCUUAGCCAGGGCCAGUGCAUCUUCAAAGGCGUCGUGACCAACCUCAUCCCUUACCUGAAGGGCCUUGGGCUCCAUUGCCCCACGUACCACAACCCCGCUGACUUCAUUAUCGAGGUGGCCUCAGGAGAAUACGGGGACCUCAACCCCGUCCUGUUCCGCGCGGUGCAGAACGGCAUGUGCACCAUGGCUGAGAAGAAGAGCAGCCCCGACAAGGCAGACUCGUCGUGCCCGGCGCACUGUGUGACGGACGUGGACCACAUUGAGAGCCAUACGUUCGCCACCAAUACCUCCACCCAGUUCUGCAUCCUCUUCAAGAGAACCUUCAUCUGCAUCCUGAGGGACACGGUGCUGACCCAUCUGCGCUUCAUGUCCCACAUCUGCAUCGGGGUGCUGAUCGGGCUGCUCUACCUGCACAUCGGCAACGACGCCGGCAAAGUCUUCAACAACACUGGCUUCCUCUUCUUCUCCAUGCUCUUCCUCAUGUUUGCCGCGCUGAUGCCCACCAUCCUCACCUUCCCCCAGGAGAUGUCCGUAUUCCUGCGAGAGCACCUGAACUACUGGUACAGCCUGAAAGCCUAUUACCUGGCCAAGACCAUGGCAGAUGUGCCCUUCCAGGUCAUCUGCCCCAUCGCCUACUGCAGCAUCGUGUACUGGAUGACGGGCCAGCCGCCCGAGGCCACGCGCUUCCUCCUCUUCUCCGCCCUGGCCACCGCCACCGCCCUGGUGGCCCAGUCCCUUGGGCUUCUCAUCGGAGCUGCUUCCACCUCCCUGCAGGUGGCCACCUUUGUGGGACCCGUCACUGCCAUCCCUGUCCUGCUCUUCUCCGGCUUCUUUGUCAGCUUCAAGACCAUCCCCACCUACCUGCAGUGGAGCUCCUAUGUCUCCUAUGUCAGGUAUGGUUUUGAAGGCGUCAUCCUCACCAUCUACGCCAUGGAGCGCGAGGACCUGGAGUGCCUCGAGGAAUUCUGCCCUUUCCAAAAACCCAUCAAGAUCCUGCAGGAACUGGACGUGGAGGAGGCCAAGCUCUACCUGGACUUCCUCAUCCUGGGCAUCUUCUUCAUCAUCCUGCGGCUCCUGGCGUACCUGGUGCUCAGGUACAAGGUCAAGUCGGAGAGAUAAAGAGGCCGUGGGGCCCUGGAGCCACUCCUGGGCCUGAGCUGCUGCAGAUGGACGGCAGCCACGGACCGUGUCGGUAGGUGCCAGCCAGGCCUGGCUCAGUCGAGAAGGGUUUUGAGACGUCUCGGAACUGUUUUAACCUUUCCACGCACUCUUCAUCGCAAACGUUUUGUACAGCCCCAACGCGUGUCCCCCUGACCCCACGGAGCUGGGUCCCUCCGCUCACCCUGCCUGCCCGUGGGGGAUACUGGAGAUGGUCCCACGGAGGCAGAGUGGGGCUAUGGGGAGCUCCAGGCAGGAGAAGGAGAGGUCUGAGCCACGUGGGGACAUGCACAGAGCCGUCGCAUAGAGAAGAGCCCGGAAGCGACCAUAGACCAAGUUGCACAAGGCUUCUGUGUUUCCUGCUUCUGCAGCCACAGAUUGCUGCCUCCCCUUUUCCUUUUAUGCCUCAAUCCUCCCUUUACUUCUUUUUUUUCUUUUUCCUCCUUUUUAAUUUUGUUCGAAACCCCGCUGCUUUCAGUCUGCACGGAGAGGAAUGGGAGCAGUGGGCCGAGGACUCGGGGCUCUCCUGUGCUGCUGCUCAGUGCCAUCCUCAGAGAUGGCCUCUGCUACCUGGGGCCGCGGCAGUGUCCGUGGGAGUGGGACAGUGCUCUCAGACCUCAGGCCGUGUCACAUUCAGUCUUUGGGAUCUGAGCCAAGAGGAUAAAAGUGAUCAACACGAAGAGAAGUGACCGUCCCAGCAAACCCUGUGUGGAGCACUGUGCCGUCGCUGGAGUUCUGCUGGCCCCUUGUUCUCUUUCCCCUGUACAACCACGCAGGAUGGGGAUGACCCUCCCUCAGCACCAGCAGUGUGCAGCCUGCGGGGAGGGGAUGAAGACUGGGGGCACCCCCCCAUUGCAGCGGGACCAUGGAGUAAGAGCAUGGACAAGUGGGUCCCAGCAGCGCCAGAGCGGGAGAGCAGGUGAGAUCUGGGAGUGGUUGGUUUGCAUUGAGCUGCCCCGAUGCUGGGACUGGUACCAGGAGAAGGCUCCUUUUGGUGGUUCUUCCAAAGCUCUGCACCCCUCAGGGCAUUUCAGUGCCUCGUUGGCUUUCUGAAGGAGUGGAGCUGGUGGGGACAGCACGCUGGCACUGCUGUCAUGGGGCUGCAUGGGUGCCACCGGGAGCCCGCUGCUUGCCGGUGAGCAUGGACGUGGCAGGGGAUUGGAAUGCAGAGCGAAGGAUGGAUUGCAGCAACAUCCUCUGGACUCUUCUUCACUUUUCCUGGUUUGCUGGGACUGCUCCACACCGCAGGGUCUGGCUGGAGCGCAGAGAUGGCAUUACUGCUGCAGCAGGGCUGGGUUUCCCCUGCACAGAUGCGAGGAGCUCAUGCACAGAGGCUCUGCAAGCAGGAUGUGCCCUGAUGCCCUUCCCGUGCUGAGCAUUGGGGUUUUCUCAGGGGAUCUCGGCUGACUCAUUGCUGUCCCCCCCCAAAUUCCCCUCUGCUCCUGGAUCCACCUUCACUAUCCCUGUGCUGUGCUCUGCAGUGGAGCUGCAGGGGGUGGGAGAACCGCUGCCUCCUGGGCCCAGCGCUGCCACCCACAGCCAGGGGGACACGGGGAGCGGUCCCCCCAUCUGCUGUGCCACCAGGGGAUGGCGGAGCUGCUGGCUGUCCCCCAUCUCCAUCUCACGUCUGUGGGGCUGUUGGGCUGCUUCAGUGCCCCACUGAUCGUGGUGUGAGGUCGAGGGAGAACCAGGCUGAUUCUUGCCCUGUCCAGGGUGGGUGCAGUGAAGAUGCACUUUAUCGGAGCGGGGCAGUGGGACUCUGGGUGCUUCUGGCUGCAGGCACCCCUCCAGGGAACGCGUCUGGAUAAUCACGAGGAGCGUGAUGGAGGAGAGCAGGCUUCUUCCCCUCCACCUCCUCUCCCUUCCCCCUCCCCCCCACUUCCCCUGUAAUGCACUUCGAGCGCAUUAGGACGAGGUUUGGGCUGUGUCUGCUGCUCUCUGCACGCACCGGCUGAACCUCAGCCCAUCUUGAACUGCUUCAGCCCCAAGGCCCAAAGGCUCCGCUGGGGUGGGUGCUGCCUCCCCCUAAGUGCAGUGACAGCCCCCAGCACGCUGCCAGGCGCACAGGGAUGCGGCCUCUCCCCUCCACCCAUGCCUGGCUCACCUUUGUCACAUUCACCAGAGAAGCAAACGCAUCCUCACCCGCUGGGGUUUGCUGGAGGGGACAGCGGGGCAGCCCGGGGCGGGGACAGAGCUGCCUGCGGGGUCUCACCCACCCCGAGCAGGCAAUAAAGCAGUGUUUCCUUCUCGCUGUGUGGACACCGUCCAUCCUGUCCUGCUCGGGGUUCCCGCUGCCUCCCUGCUCGGUUGUGCUGUGCUGGGAUGCACGGGUGGGUCGGGGUGAGCCAGGCAGCGAGCUGUGCUCCGCGGGACCGCUUACCAAAAUAACGUGCAGACAGCAGCUCCAAGCCCGAGGGAUGCUGCUCGCGGGGCUGGGGCUGUGCUGUGCGGGGGCUUUGCUGGGGGUGGGUCCUGCUGCCUCCUAAUAGGGAUUCAUCACUGCCCUGUAGGGGUAAGGCCAGGCCUGGGUGGGGGGGCACGGCCUGGGGGGCUCUGGGGCUGCUGGCAGUGCUGUCUGCAGGUAAAUGCCCGGUGUCUGCAGAUCCUGGCUUCCCGGCAGCGCUCACGGUGCCCGGAGGGUUGCGGCACGGCUGGAGGGGUCGCGGCUUGUUCCGGUGUUUCUGAGCUGCCAGCUGCACUUGUUGGGUUUCACACAUCAAUAAAACUUAUAUUUAUAGUGUA